AACGACCUGCAGCAGUCACGUCGAUUACGACCUACCAGCUGUCAGACAUCGAUUGUGAACCCUUUUUACAGUUGUCUCAGACUCCGGGCAAGGGCGUCUCGCGUCCCGCAACCUCACACCGUCCCCCGGGCCGAGUUUUCGCGAUACCGUUUCUCAGCCGCGCCGCGCAAAUCUGGCCGGAAAUGGACAGUAACGCCCGUCACAACACGCCGCCUCAAGCGGGUGCGGAUACCGAUGGCGAAAUUCAGAAUCAGUCGAUUCAGAACGAAGUUCCUACGGUCACUGUGGCAAUGCCCUUCAUGCAGGUCGACAUGCUCGGCCAUUCUGGAGCAUCUACUGCUGCUCUGGCUACAACGACAAACCGAAUGGUUGAAGGCGAAGAGAUUCCACCCCCGAAACCAGACUUUUCCGCACCUCCUCCUUACGAAGUAGCCACCAAAUUACCCAGUUACGAAGAGGUUCAGCGUGAAAAGACUCUGCAGGGCGAGCCACAGCCUCAAAUACACAUGCCAGGAAAUAUUAGACCACCACAGCAGCCUCUGACAAUACUGGCUAUAGAUACCGAAGCUGCCGAGGGUGAUCCAGAAAGCGGGCUGCUUGGCACAGAUUUCAUGUUCUUCACAGCGUUUCUUGUCGCAUUCCUAUUCAACUGGAUCGGAUUUUUAUUACUGAUGUGUUUCUGUCACACUAUUGCCUCUCGUUACGGUGCGCUAGCCGGCUUCGGAUUGUCCCUGACAAAGUGGACGCUCAUUGUUAAACACUCCACCGACCUUGCUUCGCGAGAGAAUUCAUGGCUGUGGUGGUUGAUAAUGGCAUUCGGGGUUCUAAUUUGCGUACGUGCCAUCAUUCAAUAUUUAAACAUCAAACGUGGUUGGAGACUACUGUCCGGGAGCGCACAGGAGCGUCUACUUUUUUUCUAUUAAAAAAUCAUUAAAUCUGCACCAUUUUUUUCUUUACUCAACUUGGCUUUAGAGCAAACAGCAUUUCUAUGUGGGGUCAUAUUUGUAUAAUAUAUAAUCGAUUUUCUUAAGGGAGAGCAUCGUGUAGAUCGUAAUAUCUAUCUAUAUACAGAACGAAAACAGCAGGAUCUUUAAAAUGAUUUGCCAAAUUCGUCGUGAUGAAACGGAUAUGAAAAUACGAAUAAAAAGAACGAUAAAGAGAAUCAGUCCCUUUUUCGCACAUACAUACAUAUGGAAGACAUAUAAACGCUAUUUUAUGUAAUGUUAUAACGUGAUAGGCUAUGGGAAAAAAAGAAAUGUACAUUUUUAUUGCUCAAAAUAAUAUGAACAAUGCUUUAAGUCAAUACUCUUAUUCAUUUUAAGCGUUGUUCAUUUAAAUGCAGAUCACUGAAGAACGUAAACGUGUGGAGCGCAUGUCAAAUCGUAAUUUGUGCAAAAUUGACAAGUCAAAAUAAAUCGCGUAAAGAGACAAAAUAUACGAUUCGUUAUUAUUUCCGGAUAAAUGAUGAACAACAGUUUUCUGAUAGUAUAAUAUAUUCUAGCGUUAGACAAGCUUCUAUAGAGAUUGACUACUUACUAAAUAUGAUAAGUGUAUUAAUAUAUCCCGCUUGUUUAUAUAGUACUAUAAUUUAUAUAAAUAUAAAUAUAUAUAUAUACAUACAUAUAGAGAAUUCUUAUCGAAAGAGAAUUCUUAGAUAUAAAUAAAAAACAAUAAAUAUUA